AUGUCAGAUAUAUUAGAUGUGAUGAACAUAAAGUCCUUUCCCCAAAGGCAAAAAAAGAAGAAAGAGCCUUUACAAUCACAGCAAAACUUGGUUGAAGCAAGGCAGAUAUAUACACCUGAAGAAUAUGCUUCAGAUAAUCAGAAAAGAAAGUUAUCUGCUAUGAAUAGAGAACUAUACAACCUUAUUGGGACAAAUGUUCCGCCAUUGGCAGUGGAUACAGCAUCUGUUACAAAUGCUGGAGGCACAAAGAAGUUUAAAGCCAAAUUAGUAACGUUAAAGAAAGAUCAGCCAUGGAGGAAACUUGGAUUCAAAAACUCAGCACGUGAUGAUGAUUUGAUAUUGUACCACUGGGCGAAAACAAAUUUAGGCAAAAAUGUGGAAGGGCCGAAGAAAGAAGAAGAAGAAGAAGAAGAAGAAGAAGAGAGCUCAAAAAUCGAGAUUGAUCCCAACGAGUACAGAUUUACGAAGUACAACACUCGUUUGGAGAUUCCGAGUUUCUCUAGAAAAGAGUAUGAUGAAGCGUUUAGGCUAUACCAAGACAGCCAGAAGAAAUCAAUGGAAAUUAAGUUAGCACAGGACAAGUCUAAAGAAGAAAAGGAGAAAGAGAGGGAUAACGAGAGAGAGACCGAAAAGGGGGAAGACAAGAGGAAAGAUAAAGGGAAAGAAAAGGAGAAAGAGAAGAAGCAAGAGACGCAGAAUGAAAAAGAGAAGGAAGAGGAGAAAGAGAAGAAGCCAGAAACCCAGAAUGAAAAAGAGAAGGAAGAGGAUAUAAAGGAGACUUCAACUAUCAACGAAUCAGUGGAGACAGUUACAAAGAAUAAUGACAACGAGGAGAAACAGAUUGUGGAUUCCGUCGAGAAUAAUGGAGAGGUUACUGCAGAGAAAGUUGUAAAGGAGGAGGCAGAUACCAAGGCAAACACCGAGACACAGACAGAAAUAGAAGAGUCAAAGGAGUCAAGUGAAUUUUCAGAUCCAAAAGAGAGAGAAUGGACCUAUGAGGAAACCAAGAAGCUUUUUGACUUAUGCUCAUUAUAUGACAUGCGUUGGGCGGUGAUCUAUGACAGGUUUCAAGAUGACUAUCCUGAUCGAAGUUUGGAAGACUUGAAGGCUCAAAUGUACAACAUAUCUGCCAACCUGUUAGAGAAAAGAGGCGAUAUCAACGAUAGGGCGCUGAUUAAAUCACUUCGAUCAUUUGACAAGGAGAGAGAAUUGUUACGCAAACACUAUUUGACUAGGUUGAUACAUCGUGCACCUACUGAAAUUGCAGAGGAGGAAUCCUUAGUUAUAGAGGCACGUAAAUUUGAACUAGCUGCAAAGAAGAUGCUGUACGAGAGAGGUCAGCUAUUACAAUUGUUGGAUUCUCCGCAAUCCAGUGCAUCGGUCCAACAGUAUCUAACAUCGCAAGGUUUGACACAGUUAUAUAAUUCACUCAUGUCAUCUGAAAAGAGCAAGAAGCGGAAAGCUGAAAUACCUGUUGCACCCCUACUCGGGCCUAAUGCUAUACCACAUACACAGCAUAUUUCAAUGUCCAAUGCUGCCGCCGCUGCAACUGCUGCUAUUCAUCCGACGUCUUCUUUUUCAGCAGCAGCUACUGCAUCUGCGGGCAUGUCUCUGUCCAACAGCACCAACUCCAGCAAUAAACGGCGUAAUGCUGGUACCAAUGUUAGUGGCAGAUCUAGUACUCCUCUAUCACAAGGGCAAAAGGGUGUCAGUAAGUUGAGUGAAAUACAGCAACUAUUACACAAGACCCUUAGCGAAGAAGACCUGCAGGUGUAUGGUAUUGAGAUCCACCAAGACCGGAUUCAGCCAGGAGUAUAUGUCAGGUCGCAGAAGAUAGCCUCAUUCAAGCCAAGUGUUCAAGCCAAGGUCCACGAGAUCUUAGGCCAGCUAGGAAUGUCGGUGAAACCCACCAUACCUACAGGACCUGUUGCCAAGAAGUUUGACGAGCUCCUACAUAAAAUUUCCCAUUUGGUUGACUUGAAGAAACAAAGCGAUAAACUAACGACGGAAAUCGAGUUAGUGAAGAGACAGAAAGGUCUCUUGUAA